UAAUCACUAGUUAGAGCUUUGUAACAGUAGUAAAACAGCAUAGCGUUCCAGUUGAUAGAACAGCCUGCAGAAAGAGAACCGAUCAGAUUACUGACAGAUAGAGCGUCCCCGUCGAGAGGCGUAGUCAACUACUAUAUGCAUACAUAACAAGACUAGUUAUACAGACAUGACAAGGGACAAUAUAUCACUAAAGCAGCAGUACACAACUUCCUGGUCCGAGAGCACAUUUCACGCCCAUUGCUUGUAGAGUUACAGUGGCCGCCUUACCCACCACAAGACACUUGUUGAUUGAAUACCUUCACUAUGGAUGGACGUAGGAAGCCCUCUCGGAAAGAUUCCAUGGACGCCUACUAUACAAGUUGGCAGCACCGGUUUCCUUCUACCGAUUAUGUGUUUAAUGGGCAUGCAACCCGCUACACGUCCAAGGACAUCGACCUUGACCCCAGCAUGCAGGGGUCAUACAGUGAGGCCACGUCAGAAGCACCAUCACGCUCUACACCUCGCACUGUCUACAUUGUAAUCUGCAUCUUGGUCAUCCUUGUUGUCGCUGGCGUCGUCGUUGCCAUCGUCACCGCUGUCCUCUUGACCAAUGGUGCCAAGUAUCAGUACACAAGAGCGGAGGUCAAGCUUCGCGUAUUGAAUGUCAACUAUACCGAGGCACUGUCGGAUAAAACGUCUCCCGAAUUUACAGCACUUCAAAAUAGUUUCUGUUCAAAUAUGGGCAACGUUGUGGAUAAAGACGAAACUACAACCGGGUACCAGGGAUGUACAGUUAAAAGUGCCAGAAACGGCUCUGUCGUCAUUGUGGCUCUAUUCUACUUCACUGCCCAAAACUCAGCUCCUGUGCAGGUUGCAGUGACAAACAUCUUCAAACCCCCCUCAUCCACAUCCUCAUCCUCAGCUACGAGAAUAUCUAUUUACGUCAUCGCUUCAGAGUCUGUGACAGUUGUUGUUGCCACUGUAGACGAGACGAGUCAGGAAAAACCUGCAGUAAAGCCCGUGGCCGAAAAUACUCAAACUUCAAGCCCGGAUGUAAUUCUCCAAACAUCAAGCCUUGGUGUAGGUGUCCAUACAUCAAGCCCGGAUGUAGUUGUCCAAUCAUCAAGCCCGGAUGUAGUUGUCCAAACAUCAAGCCCGGAUGUAGCUGUCCAAACAUCAAGCCCGGAUAUAGUUGUCCAAACAUCAAGUUCAGAUGUAGUUGUCCAAACAUCAAGCCCAGAUGUAGAAAUCAAAACAUCAAGCCCGGAUGUAGAUGUCCAAACAUCUAGUCCAGAUGUAGUUCUCCAAACUUCAAACCAAGAUCUAGUUCUCCAAACAUCAAGUCCGGAUCUAGGUGUCCAAGCAACAAGCUCGGAUGUAGUUGUCCAAACAUCAACUCCAGAUGUAGUUGUCCAAACAUCAAGCCCGGAUAUAGAUGUCCAAACAUCAAGCCCAGAUGUAGUUGUCCAAACAUCAAGCCCAGAUGUAGAAAUCCAAACAUCAAGCCCGGAUGUAGAUGUCCAAUCAUUAAGCCCGGAUGUAAAUGUCCAAACAUCAAGCCUGAAUGUAGUUGUCCAACUAUCAAGCCGGGAUGUAGUUGUCCAAACAUCAAGCCCGGAUGUAGUUGUCCAAACAUCAAGCCCAGAUGUAGAAAUCCAAACAUCAAGCCCGGAUAUAGAUGUCCAAACAUUAAGCCCGGAUGUAAAUGUCCAAACAUCAAGCCUGGAUGUAGUUGUCCAAACAUCAAGCACGGAUGUAGUUGUCCAAAUAUCAAGCCCGGAUGUAGUUGUCCAAACAUCAAGCCCGGAUGUAGUUGUCCAAACAUCAAGCCCGGAUGUAGUUGUCCAAACAUCAAGCCCAGAUGUAGAUGUCCAAACAUUAAGCCCGGAUGUAAAUGUCCAAACAUCAAGCACGGAUGUAGUUGUCCAAACAUCAAGCACGGAUGUAGUUGUCCAAACAUCAAGCCCGGAUGUAGUUGUCCAAACAUCAAUCCCGGAUGUAGGUGUCCAAACAUCAAGCCGGGAUGUAGGUGUGCAAACAUCAAGCCGGGAUAUAGUUCUCCAAACAUCAAAACCGGAUGUAGGUGUCCAAACAUCAAGCCCGGAUGUAGGUGUGCAAACAUCAAGCCAGAAUGUAGAAAUCCAGACAUCAAGCCCGGAUGUAGCUGUCCAAACAUUAAGCCCGGAUGUAGUUGUCCAAACAUCAAGCCUGGAUGUAGUUGUCCAAACAUCAAACCCGGAUGGUGUUUUCCAAACAUCAAGCCCGGAUGUAGUUGUCCAAACAUCAAGCCCGGAUGUUGUUGUCCAAACAUCAAGCCCGGAUGUAGCUGUCCAAACAUCAAGUCCGGAUUUUGUCCUCCAAACAUCAAGUCCGGAUGUAGCUGUCCAAACAUCAAGCCCGGAUGUUGUUGUCCAAACAUCAAGCCGGGAUGUUGUUGUCCAAACAUCAAGUCCGGAUUUUGUCCUCCAAACAUCAAGUCCGGAUGUAGCUGUCCAAACAUCAAGCCCGGAUGUUGUUGUCCAAACAUCAAGCCCGGAUGUUGUUGUCCAAACAUCAAGCCCGGAUGAAGCUGUCCAAACAUCAAGCCCGGAUGUAGUUGUCCAAACAUCAAACCCGGAUGUAGUUGUCCAAACAUCAAACCCGGAUGUUGUUGUCCAAACAUCAAGCCCAGAUGUAGUUGUCCAAACAUCAAGCUCGGAUGUAGUUGUCCAAACAUCAAGCCCAGAUGUAGCUGUCCAAACAUCAAGCCCGGAUGAAGCUGCCCAAACAUCAAGCCCAGAUGUAGUUGUCCAAACAUCAAGCCCGGAUGUAGUUGUCCAAACAUCAAGUCCGGAUGUAGUUGUCCAAACAUCAAGCCCGGAUGUUGUUGUCCAAACAUCAAGCCCGGAUGUUGUUUUCCAAACAUCAAGCCCGGAUGAAGCUGUCCAAACAUCAAGCCCUGAUGUAGUUGUCCAAACAUCAAGCCCGGAUGAAGCUGUCCAAACAUCAAGCCCUGAUGUUGUUGUCCAAACAUCAAGCCCAGAUGUAGUUGUCCAAACAUCAAGCCCGGAUGUUGUUGUCCAAACAUCAAGUUCUGUUGUGAUUAGCACUGGUUCAGCUGUCGAAUCAGCAAGCCUAAACACAGAUUUAAGUUUCAUGACAAGUUCUGUUAUGUCCGACUACACAUCUGCGUCGAUAUAUCCUUCCCCAACAUCAUACGACGCCUCAUCCACCGGCCUUCCAACAAUAUCACUUCCUCCGCCGACGUUGAUGAUGGACGAUGUCAGUGUCCACCAAGGAGGCGGGAACGUGGUUCUCCUUUGUCAUAUGGACAGGAACUACACAUUCAGCAGUGUGCACUUCCUCAAGAAUAACGCUCUCCUGGGUCAGUCUCCAGACAUCAGCGAGAACAGGACUGAGUUCACGUACAUGAUAAGUGAUCCACGUUGCACUGACUCUGGGGAAUAUGAAUGUCGUGUAGUGGGCGAGGAAGGGAAUCUCACAACGGCGGCUAAUUUAACAGUUCUUGAUCAUUCAGGGAAGCCGACCUUGACCUUGCCGAUUGAGAUCGUUGAAGGCAGAUGGAAGGAGACGUCACUGUUUGUGUGCUCCUACAGACAGGGUAUCCCUCCAGCUGAGGUGUACUGGAGUGCUACACUGGCCAAUGGUACGACACUAGACAGACUGAACUUCACCACGCAGGAGUCUGUGGUCGAGAACCAGACUGACGUGUGUGCCCUGGAAGCAACCUCCCAGUUUUACUAUGGCUUCAGCAUGGCGUGGAAUGCCUCCAGCGUCUGCUGUAACGUCAAAGAAGGAGCAAAUGCUACAACAGCCUGUGGGGAUGUCUAUGUUAUUCCAUCGGACACGUGCAUGAACAAGACUGGAAAGUUUGAGCAUCCCUACAAUUGUCAACUCUGGAUUGAAUGUGUCUCUGAUGUAGUGUACAUCGCGACAUGCCAGAAGGGAUAUUGCAUUGAUCUGCAGAACGAUGUGUGUGUGGCAGGACCUAGUGAUGGUCCAACAGGUUCAUUCUCCUGUGAAGGCAGAGUGAGUGGCGACCGCAUACCACGUGGUGACACAUACCCCAGUCACUGCAAAGAGUACUACUGGUGUGUAAACGGAGCUCCCGUUAACACCACAUGUCCUGGAAGUUCCUAUUUCAUCGGGAAUGCCACACCAACUACGGCCUGUACCGAGGAUUACGCUCUUUCAUAUUGUGCACUUAAAGCUGCAAAUGAAACUGUGAAUGGAAAUGAGACAGUGACGACCGUGGCGCCAGCUGAAACAACUACGACAGAUCCAUUCUCCUGCAAAAGCAGAGCAACUGGCGACAACAUACCUCGUGAAUACACUCACCCAAGCCACUGCAGGGAUUAUUAUUGGUGUGUAAACGGGGCUCCCAUCAACAGAACAUGCCCGGGAAGUUCCCUUUUCAUCGCUAAUGCGACACAAGCUUUGGCCUGUACCAGCGAUUAUGCACUUUCAUUUUGUGAACAGAAAAGAACCCCAUCCUCUGUUGAUGGUAAUACAACUGGAAAUGCAACAGUCACUACCAGGGAUCCAGCAGACUUCACCACGUCAGAUCCAGCAGACGUCACCACGUCAGCUCCUCCUUCCAAGUGUGACUGCAGCGUUUACGCCUACAUCGCCAGAGAGAGCACCUACCCUGGCAACUGCACUCAGUACUACUGGUGUGUAAAUGGUGGGAAGCUUCCUCGGGAAUGUGGUCCUGGACAGCAGGUGUAUUUCAACAUUUCAGAGGCCAUCUUACCUUGCACAAACAUACCCGCAGACUACUACUGCCAACAUGUAGAAGAUGGUACACUCGAACCUUGCUUAUGAAGACAAUAAGCUCACAGACAUGCGCGCGCAAGACGCAGGAUACACAGAUUAAUGACACGGAUGGAUGUUUAAUGGACAGUGGACGGACAUCAACACUCAUCGGGAUUUUUCUGCUUUCAUCUUAAGAGGCCCGACACAUGGAUAAUGCAGGCAUUUCCAUUACCAUAAUGCGCAGGCACUGGUUCAACACACUGGUGGACGUGUCAGGACAAAUAUACUUCUAUAACUGUUAUUACCUGGAACUACUACUGAAGUUGCUUUUAUAUUUCCGGAAAUUUGUAUAGGUGAAAUAUACAUAUUUCAUGCACAUGUUAACACCUAACUUAUCACAACGCCAUAUCAGCACACCAAAGUAUACGUCAUCUGCUACCACGAAGGUUCACUGGUGUAUCUGUAAGCUAUAUCCAAUACCUUUCGGGACUAUCUCACAGUGACAUGCUGCCCGCUUUACUGCCGUAAUAAUGAGUGAUGCAUGCAUAUUAUUUCGAUCUUUGUCGUUUGACUUUUAAAGGUGUAUGUGCAAGCAAUGGGUCGAUACGUUUGGGUCGAUAUGGGCCGAGUGGUUAGUGAAAAACAAUAUCUCUCACAAGUAGUUAGCGAAGAGAAUUUCAUGUUUCGAAAGAAUUACCGUAUAUUUUACGUCUCGAUAGAAAAUAACAGAACCCUCUCUAAAAGUACAAAAUGCAUUGAUCUAUAGCGGCAGUGUAACUGUUGAAAUAGGCAAAAGCUGUAUAAAGUGUCAUGUAUAAAUGUCAUCUCACUAAAGACUACUGUGCAAAUAAAUUAUCUGUUAAUGUAUUUAUGACAUGUUUUCUUGUCGGAAAUUAUGUUUGGACAAAAAUGAUGAUGGUAAAUAUUAAACCUACGUUUAACCUUGAUAGAGACUGAUAAUAUUGUGUAUGAGCUUAAUCACGACGAGAGAUUUCUAAAAUAUAUAUAAAAGGGUGGUUAAAAAACACGGAGGAAUAAAAUCGCCACGUUAUGGUAAGGAAGGAACUUAUACAGUAUAGGGGAAAAUUGUCACGUUCUUGGCAGCUUAACGUCUAUUUAUAUUGUUCCUGUUUUAUGAUUGUAAUAUGUAUAUUAAUAUUGUAUGUGUAUUUCAUAUCUAUUCUGCUAUAUGUUGUGUUUAAGUAUGCAGUGAUUACUCAUCUAAUGAUCUGAAAAAAAAGAUAAAGGUGUAUAUAAAUUAAAGUAUUGUUUCCUGAAUACUGCAGUGCUAAAAUGGUUCCAUAUGAUUGAACAGAGCUUGGUAUACUCCCAUAAACUGGUGUUCUGUUAACGAGUAAAAAAAAAUUGAUUGAGUUUACUCACCAUUCUAUACAACUAAAACGACCAGUGUGUAUAUAUUUUACGAGCUAUUGCAGCAAAUGCUGACCUAAUGUGCAUGUUCAGUUUUAAAGUGUAAUUGUUUGUAUCAAAGAUGCCUUUUUCAGUAAUGUGUAUAUACAUGUCAUUACCUUUUACUGAUUAUAUAGAUGACUGAUGGAUACAGCGCUCACUACAUGGUGUUUAUCUUCAAAGUAGAUCCAGAAGAUGACAUAAUUAAAUUUUAAAGCUUUUGUACUGGUACCAACAUAUCACCAUUCAAGUCAUCCGGUAAAUAAAGUUAUAAAAACAAACUGAA